AUCAACAUGGCGAACGAGAUGACACCUCCAGCACCGGAUACGGUGCUAUGUCCCGUAUGUUUUAAAGACUUCACACCUGUGACAAUUAAUGGGCAUCUUGACGUAUGUCUCCUGAAGAGUGUGACUGACAGCAGUCCGGCUACAACUGUCGAGAGCGGACCUCCUGGCAAGAAAUGUCGCGUUAGUGCGGAACCUGGAAACAGAUCUGUGUCGAGCGCCUCCUCCUCCUCCAUGACUGGGACGCAGUCAGCGGUUUUCUCUGUGUUUCAGAACAAGGGGAAAUCUUCCGUCCAAGCCGACAGAAGUGCAGUGUUUACCAGUAAACAAAGUCCUGUCAGUGUUCUCGGUAAGGGGCUGAAACGUACGCUGACAGAGACUGAGUUUGAAUCAGCAGGCACAGGGAGACUGCAGAGCCAACAACCAACAACUAUGCCAAACGAAAAAACUUCAAAGACAAAGGAUUUCUCACCGCAGCUAUCUUUUGCAUUAGACAAGCCGCUGGCAGAGAUUCUAAGACCAAACACACUGGAAGAAUAUUUUGGUCAAAAUAAAGUUGUUGGCCAGCAAACGCUCAUCCGGUCACUUCUGGACACUCAUGAGAUACCAUCUUUGAUCCUCUGGGGCCCACCUGGAUGUGGAAAGACAACCCUAGCCCACAUAAUUGCCAGCGCCAGUAAGAAAAGGGGAACAGCUCGUUUUGUGACGCUGUCAGCCACCAGUGCAUCCAUCAAUGAAGUGCGAGAGGUGAUCAAGCAGGCGCAGAAUGAGCUCAGACUGUGCAAGAGGAAGACCAUCCUGUUCAUUGAUGAAAUUCACAGAUUCAAUAAAUCCCAGCAGGACACCUUCCUUCCCCAUGUGGAGUGUGGGACAAUAACCCUUAUUGGAGCAACCACUGAGAACCCAUCCUUUCAGGUGAAUGCUGCCCUACUGAGCAGGUGCAGAGUGCUGGUUCUGGAGAAACUUUCUGUGGAAGCAAUGGGUUCGAUUCUGAACAGGGCUGUGGCCACACUUGGGAUCAGAGUUCGGGAAAAGGGUCCAGCUAAACCCAAAAAUGAAGACCAUGUCAAUGGAAAUGAGCUGAAUAUAUUCAUUGAACAAAAAGCCUUGGAAACCAUAGCCUACCUUUGUGAUGGUGAUGCAAGAGCAGGACUGAAUGGUCUCCAGCUGGCUGUACAGGCUCAGAUGAACCUAACACAACCGGCACAAGACGGUACUCCCCAAGAAAUAGUGGUGACGGAGGAGCAUGUCAAGGAGGGUCUUCAGAGGUCCCACAUUCUCUAUGAUAAAGCCGGUGAAGAGCAUUACAACUGUAUCUCAGCGUUGCAUAAGUCUAUGAGAGGCUCUCACGAGAAUGCGUCUCUCUACUGGCUGGGCCGUAUGCUGGAGGGUGGGGAGGAUCCACUCUAUGUGGCCCGCAGAUUGAUCCGCUUCGCUAGCGAGGAUGUGGGCCUGGCAGAUCCCUCCGCCCUUCCUCAGGCUGUGUCUGCUUUCCAAGCCUGUCAUUUCAUUGGGAUGCCUGAAUGUGAGGUGAUCCUCGCUCAGUGUGUCGUCUACAUGGCACGAGCACCCAAGUCUGUGGAGGUAUAUAAUGCCUAUACCAACGUGAAGGCCUGUUUAAGAAACCACAAAGGCCCCCUUCCUCCCGUCCCCUUGCACCUCCGCAAUGCUCCCACCAAGCUGAUGAAACAGCUGGGCUAUGCUGAGGGCUACAAAUACAACCCAGCUUUCAGUGGUCCUGUGGAGCAGGAGUACCUACCUGAGGAUCUGCAGGAAGUUAACUUUUUCACCAGAAAGACCUCACGUCCAUGAGAAUUUCCUGUACUGAUUUACUCUGCUGGUUAUGAGGUCUAAAACCAAAACAACUCAGAGAAGACAGUCCUGUUUAUAGUUGUUAGCCCAAAGAUCUAAAUGGCAGUAAGGAUUUUAGCCUGUGCUGUCAUUCCCUGAUCAUUCA